UUUUGCUUUUGCUGCUUCUCCUUAAAAGCUUUUUGUUCUGGACAGAAAAAGUAAAUUUGAGAUGCUCCUGCCACCGCCCUAGGUCCGUGAAUACAAACGAAGCCGCUCCAGAUUUCUAAGCCCUUCACGGUGCUUUCAGCUGAGCUGAGAGGCAAACCGUGAAAUGAUUGUCUGCAGCCCGAAAGACGGCUGUGCUGGGUGAGCGGCAGGGCGCGGGCUCAUUCUCCGCCACGCUGCUACAAUGAAGCGAGCGGAGCCGCACCGGGCGGCAGCGGCGCCGGCGGAGAUGCGCCAUUGGAAAGGCUCCGCUCCCUGCCCGCCCGCCCGGGUGGGCAGGGCCGGUGGGAAGAAGGGAGGGCUCAGCUGCCCGGACAGCCACGAGCCCCCGUGCCGGGACGAGCCCCCGCUGCGGCGCCCGCGGGACGAACCCGGGCACGGGACACGCGGGGAGCGCUCCCGCGGAGGACGGAGCGGAGCGCUCCCGCGGAGGACGGCCGUGUCGGCCCGGCGGCGGCACGAAGCCCUCCCGCGGGAAUGGAGCCGGACCCGGACACCCCUUCCCCGCCCCCGACCGUGCUUUCUCCUCGGGCGGCCCCUUCCCGCCUCGCCACGGCCCCCGGCGAGGUGCCCCAUCCCCUCCCCUCGGCGCGGACGGGGCGCGGGGGGCGGCGGGGCUCGGGCGGCGCGGCCCCACUCACCGCCCGGCGGGCGCCUCCGGCCUCCGGCCAGCAGCGGCGGCGGCGGCAGCAGCAGCGGGAGCCGGCGCGUCCCGGAGACGGAAGCGCGGGAGGAAGUGAGGCAUGCAUGUAGGGCAGAUGUGAAGCAAGGUUGUGUUUCUCUGAAUAGGACCACUGGAAUAUCACAGACAUGGGGCUCUUUCCUGCCUCCAUCCUGACCCUCAGCAUUGAGAUUGGAGCAGCAACACUUGCUGCUCGCUCUGGACAAGCCAGGAAGGAACUGGGACGUCCCAGGACUCUGCCUGCAGCCUCCCAUGCAGAGGAAGCCAAGGCCUGCAUCCACAAAGCAUGAGCUCCGGUCCUGGCAUUUUCUCUGCAGCCUCCAGCACACAGAAACAGAUUGCCUCACUCAGCAUUGCCCUGUUCAUUUGAUUUAAUGAAAUGCUUGGUUUCAGACUUUGAUUUCCCACCUGCCCCCAACCUACAAGGCAGGCAGAGACAGAUUUUCUGCUUCCUCUGAAUUCAGUAAUGUGAAUCAGUGGAUAGGACACAGUUAGAUUGAGGAGCACAGCAGCUGGUGCUGCCCUGAGUGUGACAGCCUUGCAAACCUGAGGAAAAGGGUGACCUUCCCCCUGUCUGACUCUAGAAAUAGGAGUUCUGGGGGUGCAGGUCUUCUGCAUGACUUCCUUGAAGAAUCUGGCCCAAACAGCAAAGCUGGCUGACUCCUAAGCCUACAGGUUAGCUUGUCUGAUACACAGUAAUUUCCUUUUAGAGCUUGGGCUUUUGUUUCAAUCUUGGGUUCCUAAAGCAUGUUCAGAAGAGCACAGUUGCAAUUUUGUAUCAGAAAUUGUGUUACCUGUCCAUGUAGGUUAGGUAGCAUAUUUAUUUGUGGCUUGGAUGAGGUAGGAUGGGAUGACCAAUACUUGUGCAUGCUGUUCAUGCACGAGGACAGAAGUUGUUUUAUAUUUUCUUGUACAAAAUCUGCAUGUAGGGAAAGGACUGUCAUUUUGUGCUGUGCCUUUAUAGCAUCUGACCUAUAGGAUCCUGGCCCAUGACCAAAGCCCGUAGGCACCAAACUAAUCAUAUGUAAUAAUAAUAUAUGGCACUGGCAUAAGCUAAACAUAGUUCAUGGAGACCCAAGCUUAGUGGCUAGAUUUUCAACAUUACAGGCAAAUAAGCUUGGGGGGUUUUAGUUUGAGUUAGACACAACAGCCCACUCUCCCUCCAUACCAGAAAUGAGCUCUUAGGGAGAAAAACACUUAAAAAUCCCAGCUUUCACAGAGACUUUGUUCAUUCCACAAAGAAAUCCAGAGCGUACUUGAUAAAAGUACUCACUUCAGUCUCAUAGAUUUAUCAAGAGAAUUGCUGAAAAGGGUCUUCCAGCUCUACAGGGAAAGAAUUCACUUUCCAAAAGUCAUUAGCAUCCAGCAACUACUAGAAAUGUGACUGAGAGCUACUGAAUGUUAUCAGUUUUGAAAAUCUGGUUACUGCAUAUCCAGAUUGUGAAUGCUGGAACAGUAAGCUUGGUCUUUUAAAAAUUAUGGCCAAAGAAUGUGUAUGUGUGUCUAUAUAUUAGUACAUAUUUUUAAUGCAUUUUGAGUUACCCAGAGCUAAACAGCAUCAAAAAAUGCUGAUACACAAAUAUCAUUGUAAUGUAAAUAUAUUCACCAUUUAAUCCUGAUAAAUACUGGAUUAUAGACUUCUGAACAGAGACUGACAAUUAUUGGAAAUCAUGUGGGCAUCUCAAGUAUACAGUGCCUCAAUUAAAAUAAAACCACAAAAUCCUUUUCCUUUUUUAAAAGUACCAUGUAGCAUAUAAUUUAUUUGGUUGGACUCUACAAAUAUACACAUUAUAUCACGCUAGAAGAACUUGAGAACCACUUUUUUCUUGUUCCCAGGGUCUCUUGACUGUUGGUAAGACGUUACAGUCAUAAUGAUAGAAUCGGUUUACAGUUGCAUAUUCUGCCAAAUAGCUCACAAAUUAUAUCUGGCAAACAACACUGCCUCUGUUUCACAAAGAUAAUGAUCUGAUGUUUUGUUAUGUGGAAAGGAAAAUAUUAUUUUAGAGCUUGUGACAGAAUUUCAAAAACUUUGUGCGGCGUUCUCAACAUCUGAUACAUUUAAAAGUUACCACUCUAUUAAAUACAGAGUAACAUAGAUUUUUCAAAGGAUCCUUCAAAAAGAAAAAAAAAAAAAUCAAAUAUUCAAUUAAAUACAUUGUGUCCAUUUUAUUUCCUCCAUAUUUACCCAGACCUACACAACAGCUGGUGCAGACAUUCAUGCACUACUUUUCACGUCUGAUGGUGUCAAACAUACAAACGAGUUGCCAUGUAGGCUGCUCACCCCUAGAGGAUUUAGUGUUAUAGGAAUGCUUUCAGGCUGGAUUCUGAAAUCCAUUUCACAGAGUGGGAAAUGCUCCAUCAGACUUGAACCCCCAGAAGCAUGCAGCCAGCAGCCAGUUUGGAAAGGAAAACAGCAUAACCUUGACAGUGCUAUUCUUUGGAUGGCUCUGAGGAGAAAAUGAAAGGAGCAGUGGGUUUGAACUGAAUCUGGGACUCUGCUCUGAGACAGAGACCUCUGAGGCGGUUUCCAUUCUAUAGCCUGCCGUGCAAACCUGCCAGGUAAAAACUAAACUUUAGAGGGAAAUUCACUGGGAAUUUGUUAUGGCAGCAGCAUUGGGCCAAGGAUAGAGUGCACCAUACCAGUAGGGGCCCCUGACACAGCUGACACCUGCAGCCAGACUGUCAGCAGGCUCAGCUAGCAUGCCCUCAGUGUCCUGCUCUCCUCCACUGCUAGCACAGCAGUGUCCCAGCAGAGUUCAGUCUGGGAGCCAGGUGCUAUUUCUUCAGUCUGGGAGAGGGCUUCUGCUUUGAUUCUUUGUCUAGCAGCUGGGUGGAUGGCGGUGGGUGACAUAUGCUGUGGGACUGCUGCAGGGAUGGCAGAGGAGGCAUUGCCCAAAAGAGAAGGGUAAGGUGGUUACACUAACCUCAGCAAAAGGGUUGCCCUGACCCUUGGAAAGGGGCCAGACCCAGGGCCUUCAUCUUGAUAAUGACAGCAAACAAAAGCCCUGGAAUGACUGGGAUCAUUUCUGCCUACCUAGGGUGGUUUGGGGAACUCCUCUGAAGUUUUCUGAAGGAGAUAAGCAUCAGUCACUGUAUUUCUCCUUGUGUGACCUGCAUCUUUGUGCAGUUUAUUUUACUGGCUUUUUGGGAUGGAAGAACAGUAAUACGAUAAGAAACAUGGCAAUGACCAUCCCCAGAGAAGCAUCUUUUUGUGGGAAAGGACAGGGAAUGUGGGGCACUUGAUCUGAGCUUGAGAUAAGAACCAGCAGCUGUUGUUGAGGUUAGGGCAGAACUGUGGCCAUGGCCUUAGCAGGGGAGGUCAUGGCCACUG